AUGGAUCGAUGGAAGAACUUCUCGCGGAGGUUCCACCCAAUGCGCGCGCUGGGAUUCCACGCAGACCGCGGACGCGGGGAAAACUGGCAGCGGAUUUGGGUUUAUCCGCCAAUCAGCGGUAGGCAUUUGCUCCUACCAGACAUCCAUGUCAUUUUGAUACUAGGAAACGUUGUUGAAUGGGACCUUGAUGGCACGAGAAAGAUCACCGCUCACUUAUGA